UGAACACUCACACACCUCUUUGGACUAAAUUGUACAGAAGAACCCCCAAACCAACCAUUAUAUUACAUGUGAUCGGACUAUGCAUGCUACACACAGAUAAUUUGUUAACCUUCAGUCAAAAACAGCCUGCACCGAGACACACUGGGACCUACUUUUUCUUUUUGAAAAUCUAUUGCAAAAUCUACUUCUGCAACAAGGCAAAAACGGGGUGAUCGUAUUGGAUUAGAUGCAUGUCAAUGAUUGCGUACCUUUUGUAGGAUAACUCAAGAAGCGAAGCAUAUCCGAGAGAGGGGAUAUAACAGGAUAAAGCGAAAACAGAGAGAGGCAAAAGAAACAAAAAAGUUGCAUUGCCUGUUUUCCACGCGCCGUAAUGCCGAGGUACAACUUCUUAUUGUGCUUGAUGGUGCUCGUGUCUCUGGGACAGUCGGGGAGCGAUGAGGCCAAUCUGCUGUUGCCCUCUCCCAGCGAGACACCCACGGAUGCCGGGCUGUCCCUGCUGGACGAGGACGCCGGUUCCCACGAGUGCUCUGCCUGCGUUUGGAGGGAGCAGAGCAAAGUGCUGAGGCUGGAGACCAUAAAGUCACAGAUCCUGAGCAAGUUGCGUCUGAAGCAAGCGCCCAACAUCAGCCGGGAGGUGGUCAAUCAGCUGCUCCCCAAGGCGCCUCCGCUCCAGCAGCUGCUGGACCAUCACGACUUCCAAGGGGACGCGUCGUCCCAGGAUGAGUUCAUGGAGGAGGAUGAGUACCACGCCACCACGGAGUCCGUGAUCACCAUGGCCUCUGAGC